GUGUGAGAGUGAGGCUAAGGAAAAUCCCUGAAGGAGGACACCAACAUCCCCCUCCUCCUCCUCCUGCCGCAGGAGCUCAGCCUUCACCGCCAUCGUCAUCUUCACACCAUCCUUCUGCUGAAUCAUGGCCGGAGCUCUGAGGAUGACUGAAGCUCAGUUCAUCAACGUCUACGACAAUGACCUGCAGCUGAACUUGAUGCCUUACGACUACAUUCCUCCAGUGGACAUCAAGACGGAGCCCUACAUACCAGAAACAGCUCAUGGUCCCUACAUUCAAAUCAUUGAGGAGCCCAAACAGAGGGGCUUUCGUUUCCGUUAUGAGUGUGAGGGUCCAUCCCACGGCGGGCUCCCGGGGGCCUCCAGUGAGAAGAACCGGAGGACCUACCCGACUGUGAAGAUCAGUAACUACGUGGGCCACGCCCGGGUGGAGGUGCAGCUGGUGACCCACAACGAUCCUCCUCGUGUCCACGCCCACAGUCUGGUGGGACGUCACUGCACCGAGAAGGGCACCUGCACGCUCGAUGUCGGCCCCAACGACCUGACCGCCUCGUUCAGUAACCUGGGGAUCCUGCACGUGACCAAGAAAGGUGUUGUCGAUAUUCUCUGCAGACGACUGGCUGAGGAGAAGAAGAGGCAGAAAGGACCUCACACCAACCUGAUGGACGCAGAGCUGAGCGCUUGUCUGAAGGAGGCCAAGGAGCUGGGCAAGGUGAUGGACCUGAACAUCGUCAGGCUGAAGUUCACCGCCUACCUGCAGGACAGCAACGGAGGCUUCACCCGAGCACUGAAACCGGUCAUCUCCAACCCCAUCUACGACAGCAAGUCACCGAACGCCUCCAACCUGAAAAUCUCUCGGAUGGAUAAGACGUGCGGCUCGGUGCUCGGAGGAGAUGAGAUCUUCCUUCUGUGUGACAAAGUUCAGAAAGAUGACAUUGAGAUCCGUUUUUAUGAGGAGGAUGACGAGGGAGGCUGGGAGGCGUUUGGCGACUUCUCACCCACCGACGUUCACAAACAGUAUGCCAUCGUGUUCAAAACGCCACCCUAUCACAGCACAGAGAUCGAGCGACCGGUCACAGUCUUCCUGCAGCUCAAGAGGAAGAAGGCUGGCGAUAGCAGCGACCCAAAACAGUUCACCUACAUACCACAGGUCCAAGACAAAGAGGAAGUGCUGAGGAAGAAACAGAAGCCACUGCCUCACUAUGAACCCUGGAGAGGAGGAAGGGGAGGAGGAGCUGGGGGAUUUGGAGGAGGAGGAGGAGGAGGAGGAGGGUUCCAGUUCAACCAGCAUAUGAAUGGAGCCGGAGGAGGAACAGGAGGAGGUUUCUUCACCGGAGGCUUCACAGGCUUCGGAGGAGGAGGAGGGACUCAGAUGCCAGGCUCCACCCCUCAAACAGAUGUUAGCCAGCAGCAGACAGACAGACCGACUAGAGGACAGACUGGAUCACCACUACAACAGCAGCUCUUUCAGAUCGCUGCAGCCCUGCACAACAGAGCCUCUCACAGCGCCAAGCAGACCACCGCUGCCCUGCUGCAGUACUGCAGCACCGGCGAUGCCCGGGUCCUUCUGGCCAUCCAGAGACACCUUUGUGGGGUCCAGGACAGCAACGGAGACACACCUUUACACCUGGCCAUCAUCCAUCAGCAGACAGGUGUGAUCCAGCAGCUGAUCCACACGCUGCUCAGCAGCCAGCAGCAAAACAUCCUCAACACAGCCAACCACCUCCAACAGACUCCUCUCCACCUGGCGGUCAUCACCCGACAGGCAAAGGUGGUGGAGGUGUUGGUGAGGGCAGGAGCCGACCCCAGUCUGCUGGACAAAGAUGGUCGCAGCCCCCUCCACCUGGCAGCACUGGCCGGAGACAAUGCCACACUCCGCCCCCUGCUGGCUCACCUGGGAGAACACCACGCCCACCUGGUCAACACGCCCGACUACCACGGACUCCACCCUCUGCACCUGGCGGUGAGGAGGGACGGCGAGCGCUGCCUCCGUCAGCUGGUGGAGGCUGGAGCCAAGAUCAACGCACCUGAGCAGAAGAGUGGGAACACUGCCCUCCACCUGGCUGUCAGAGAAGACCUGUUCAAGGUGGCCUGCAUGCUCAUCACAGAGCUGAAGGCUGACGUGAACACCUGCACGUUUGGAGGAAACACACCGCUCCACCUGGCUGCCAGUCUGGGCUCCCCGACGUUCUGCUCCAUGCUCGUUGCAGCAGGUGCUGACAAGAACAUAGAGAACGAUGAGCCGCUCUUCUUCAGCUCCUCUUCAGAUGAAGAGCAGGACGGAGAUGAGCCAGUGAGAGAGGAGGAGGCUGUCACCCCCUCCCAGGACGUCAACCCUCGCAAGAGACGUGCAGGACAUACCCCUCUGGACCUCGCCAAAUGCCAAAAGGUGAGGAACCUGUUGAACUCCAGGCAGAGUCCGAAGUCGAGCCGUCACAGCAGCAAGAAGAUGAAGCCGAGCAGCAGUGAAGAGGCGGAGGGCUCGGGACUGGACGAGGACACUCUGACGCGGCUGGUGGAGGUGCUGAGUGUCGGAGACGUCCCCUGGAGGAAGCUGGCAGAGAAGUUGGGUAUGAUGACGCUGACUCACCUGUACCAGGACAGCGCUACGCCCUGCCACCACCUGCUGCAGUACUACAAGCUGGGUGGAGGACCGGUCGAAGGUCUGGUCGAGGCGCUCCAGUCUCUGGGUCUGUCGGAGGGAGUGCGACUGCUGAGGAACACCGAGCGGCAGGACGACAAACACAGCACAGAUGCCACGGUCGACAGCGGCUUCGGCAGGCAGCCCAUGGGAGGAGGAGAGCCCAGUCGACUCACUUCCACUGAGCGCAGGAGGUUUUCACAGGAGACAACAGCAUCAGUGCUCGGUCACACUGGUUUCUGCUCAGAAGCUCCCACUGGGAAACCUCUCACCGACGGAGACGGCUAA